AACGAUGUUAGUAAUUAUAUCAUUAAUGUUUAUAUCAUGUCUAAGAUGAACGAUGAUGUUUAUAAAUGUACCAUGUUAGGUUGAACGUUAAAAUUCAUAAGUAGUAUACUGUGUUUGGUGAACGGUAAUAUUUAUAAUUGUAUCAUCUUGAGGUGAAUGUUAAUAUUAAUAAUUAUAUUAUGUCAUGUUAUAAUGAACGUUAAUACUAGUGUUGCAGGUCCAUCACCUUGAUUAUGUAUUUCAUUUCGUCAUGGACCACUACAACAUGAGUUGGUUGCACCAAUUUUAUAAAUGUUUUGGAAAUGGAUUUUAAUCACAAGCCAAUGAGUGACUAGUAUUCUUGACUUUUUUUUAAUGUUUAAAUGGAUAGGAGAGUUUUAUUUAUAUUGCCAUCUCUUCACACGUUGUACGCUUUUUUACUCUCUGGAUGGACAACCCUGAUCUAUUAGGACAACACACACACAGUUUUCUUUUCUCUGUUAUCGGUCUUCUCCUAGCUUAUCUUUUUUUUCCUUUUACAGUUUUUUUCUAACUGAUUAUUCCAUUUUCCAUGACACAACAUAAAUGCAAAAGAAACUUAUGUGUAUUUAUACAUACUCUAUAUUAUUUACGUACAUAGCAUCCAUUUACAAUAUCUACAUUUCAUGACAGAAUUAUAAAUAUAUUUGUAUAUUACAAUGUUUGUCGUUUGAAAAGGAUCCAGUUAGCAACAAACAUUCGAGUGUAAUAGAAAAGCAUUGCAUAAUUUCGACACAUGUAAAUGGAAUCCUAUCAGAUACAAGCCAAGAAACUGAACCCAAGAUAAAUUGAUACUUGCAGAGAAUUUUCAACUUUUAAAAUAAUUAAUGUGGAGGAAAUUAAUCAUUAGACACUUCUAAUACCAUUGUUUUUAACAAUAUAAAUUCAGUUACAAGGAUUUACGAAAGUGAAAAAUCUUUACAGAGUGAGUCCAUUACAAUAUCAGCCAGUAGGAAGGAUUAUUGAAUAUCAGUGUGACAUUUGUAAGAAAAUGCUCUCUUCAGAAUGUGAAGGUAUCACACGUAAAGAAACACACAAUAAGAAAAAACUAUACCAUUGUGAAAUAUGUGGAAAAUAUUUUGUCUCCAAUAGUAAUUUAACAACACAUAAAAAAAUACACACUGGAGAAAAACCAUUCCAUUGUGAAAUAUGUGGGAAGUCCUUCAUUAAUAGUUCAGAACUUGCUAUCCACAUCCGUAGACACAAAGGAGAAAAGGCUUAUCAAUGUGAUGUGUGUGGAAAAUCUUUUAUCACUAAUGGUGAUUUAAAAAUACAUGAAAGAAUACACACAGGAGAAAGACCAUUCCACUGUGAAAUAUGUGGAAAAGCGUUUGUUAAUAGAUCACAGCUUGUUGUCCACAUACGGAGACACACAGGAGAAAAAACUUAUCAUUGUGAAGUAUGUGGAAAAUCCUUUAUUACCAAUGGCGACUUAAAAGUACAUGAAAGAAUACACACUGGGGAAAAACCAUUCCACUGUGAAAUAUGCGGGAAAUCUUUUGUAAAUAGUUCACAUCUUGUUGUCCACAUACGUAGACACACAGGAGAAAAAACAUAUCAUUGUAAAGUAUGUGGAAAAUCCUUUGUUGCUAAUGGUGACUUAAAAAUACACGAAAGAAUACACGCUGCGAAAAGUCUGUUUCACUGUGAAAUAUGUGGGAAAUCGUUCACUCACAAUUCCCAUCUUGUCAUCCACAUAAGUAGACACACUGGAGAAAAACCCUUUAAUUGCGAAAUAUGUGGGCAAUCUUUCUUCACUAAUGGACACUUAAAAACACAUAGCAGAAUACAUACGGGGGAAAAACCGUUUCAGUGUGAAACAUGUGGGAAAUCUUUCAUUUAUAAUUCUAAGCUUACAAUACACAAACGUAGUCAUACUGGAGGAAACUCAUAUUGUUGUGAAAUAUGUGGAAAGUCGUUUAUUAAUAACUACAAGCUUUCAAUCCACAAACGUAGUCACACAGGAGAAAAACCAUAUUGCUGUCAGAUAUGUGGAAAAUCCUUUGCUGCAAGCAGUAGUCUAACAACACACAAUAGAGUACAUACUGGAGAAAACCUUUUCCAUUGUGAAAUCUGUGGGACAUCUUUUACUACGAAUGGUAGGCUUACAAUUCACAAACGUAGUCAUACUGGAGAAAAACCUUAUCACUGUGAAAUAUGUGGAAAAUCGUUUGUCUCUAACAGUAAUUUAACAGCACACAAUAGAAUACACACGAGAGAAAAACGCUAUCAUUGUGAAAUAUGUGGAAAGUCUUUCAUGAACAAUUCAGAUGUUGUUAUUCACAACCGAGCACAUAGUGGAGAAAAGCCUUAUCACUGUGAAGUAUGUGGUAAAUCGUUCUCAGUUAAUUCAAGUCUCGUAGUUCACAAAAGAAGACACACUGGAGAAAACCCAUUUCACUGUGAGAUCUGUGGGAAAUCUUUCACUCAAACUUCUAGUCUUGUAGUUCACAAAAGAAUACAUACUGGAGAAAAACCUUACCACUGUGAGAUAUGUGGCAAAUCUUUUGUCUCUAACAGUAAAUUAACAAUACACACAAAAAUACACACUGGAUAACAACUCGUUUCAUUAAGUGUCGAAGGCAACGAGUUGGCAGAAUUAUAAGCCUGUGGAGUGAAGUUCUUCACAACAUUUUGUCUGUCUUUAUGUUCUGAGUUCAAGUUCCACCAUGCUUCACUUUGCUUUUCAUCCUAUGUGGGGGUCGAUGGAAUAAGUAAGUACCAGUUGAGCAUUGGGGUCAAUGUAAUCAACUUACCCACUUCCUCGAAAUUGCUAGCUUGGUGCCAAACUUUGAAACCGUUGUGAGAUAAGUGGGAAAUAUUCAGUUGAAAAAUUCUUGCAAUCCAUGAAUGAACACAGGCAGGUAAAAUGUCAUGUUGUUAUGGAAUAUGCAAGAAAUUUUCUGUCUUCAACAGUAUUUAACAACACGAAAAUUUCACACUGGAGGAAAAUUCUAUCCUUACUAACUUAUGUGGAAAACUAUUCUCUGUCAAUUUGUGCCUAGUUUAAAAAUGAAGACACCCUGGAAAAACUCAGUUCAUUGUGAAAUAUGGGAAAUCUAUCAGAGAAAAUUUUAUUUUUGUAAUUCACAAAAGAAUGUGCAUUGGAAAAAGAAAAUCUUACCAUUAUAAAAUGUUUUGGAAAUUGCUGUGAAAUGUGUGGGAAAUCUUUAGUCAUGAAUCAUGCCGGAAAACCCUACCACUGUGAAAUAUUUGAGAAAUCACUUAUCAUUUUCAAUCACUUGUAAAAGUAGAAAUAUGUUAUAUAAAUCCUUCCCUGGCAAACAAAACUUCCAACAAUUUAUGUUGAAAGUUUUGAUUUUCUCUUUGGAUUUUCAUCAUGUAUAUCAUCAUUAUCGUUUAACGUCCGCCUUCCAUGCUGGCAUGGAUGGGGCAGUUUAACAGGAGCUGGCUUGCACCAGAUUUCGGUGACUAUUUUGGCAGGAUUUUUACAGCUGGAUGUCCGUCCUAACACCAAACGCCCAUAUAUGUAUGGCACCUGAAGAACAAAGAGACCCCAAUUGCAAUCACAUGGAAAAUCCUACAUCAACGGCAGCAUGUGUUGCCAGCUGUGCAUAGCAGAAUGGGCAAGGAUAUUGAAGAACUCCCUCGGUCCGAGGAACAUCUUAAAAUCCUGGACGAAGUCUUCAGACCAUGCUUACACUUCAGGCGAUUCCUACUGAAAUCCUGGGACCCACAAACUGACUGGGUGUAUUCCGGUUAGUGGUCUAAGGGAGGCAAUCUCUUGCACUUUCUUGUUUGUGUAUUCAAUAACUAACCAUGAAGCCUUUUCUCCCUCCGUUUUGAAGAGAGGUUAUAAACCACCGGUCAUUAGAAUCUGAUGUGACGUAUUUAAAGUUAAGCGCUUUAUGGAUGCAAAACCAUGGUAACCCUAUAAACCGGCCAUAACUAUCUUUAUCUAUAAAGGGUAAAAUACCUCCUUUGGUCAUGAAUGACCAUAAGAUUGCGGGAUUGCACCUAGAGUUACCCUCCGAGGUACAAGUCAGGGCAAGGUUGUUUGUGGAGGAUCAGCUGUCGCCCAUGCACACUUGCCUUUCCUAUGUUAGGGAAAGCAAAGGACGAUACAGCUUGACACCAGUGACGUUGCAACUCAUUUCUACAGCUGAGUGAACUGGAGCAACGUUUAAAUAAAGUGUCUUGCUCAAGAAGACAACACAAGCCUGACCCAGGAAUUGAACGUACUACCUCAUGAUUGUGAGCCUGACUCUCUAACCACUGAGCUAUGUGCCAUAUA